AUGCGUUUCACUGCUGCCGCUGUUGCCCUCUUCGCUGGCCUUGCUGCCGCCCUUCCCCAGGACGUCGAGACCGUCACCUCCACUGACGAGGUCACCGUCAUCUCGUGCGCUCCCACCGUCACCAACUGCCCCGGCAACUCUGGUGCUGGUGCCACCACCCCGGCCACCAUCCCGGCCUACACCUCCGUCCCUGCCGUGACCCCGGUCCCGGUUGUGACCCCCAGCCCUCCGCCCCGGCUCCUGAGCGUCACCCCUGUGGUCAGCACUGUCGUGCCCAGCGCUCCCCCGGCUCCCUCCAACGGCGGUGGUGUUCCCCACAAGCCCUCGCCCAAGCCUUCCGGUGUCGCCCCCAGCGCCUCCCCCAGCCCGGCUCCCACUUACAACGCUGCCGGCGCUGUCACUGGCUCUAUCAGCUUCGCUGGUCUGGCCGCCGCCGCUGCCUUCUUCAUGGCAUAA